AUGGAUUCAACAAUAGAAAAAAUUAAGCUAAAGGAACAAGAGCAAGAAGCAAAAUUAAAAGAAAAAAGAGAAUAUGAAACUAGUAUUACAUUACUUCAACGAAGUAUUCGCGAUACAUUGACGCUAAUAGACAAACUGCACGAUGAGGAGAAGGCUUUAAAUGAAAGGAUAAUAAACCUAUCGUCGCAGAAAGAGUUAGAGAAAAUAAGAAAUAUAGCUAUUAAAUCUGAAGUCGACGUUUUAAAAAAGGAACUUGAAGAUUUAAAAGCUGACAUAAAUUAUAAUAUUUCUAACGUAUGGAAAAUUCGGUCAUCCUAUUGUGAAGCGGUAAAGCAAACUUCAGAUGAAUACGAUGUUUGGGCACUUCUAAUAAAACCAGUCUGCACCGAACCCAUAGUACGAAAUAACACACCAGAAAAAGAGAUAGUAUCAAAUGAUGGCAGAUUGCAUACUGCAAUUGAAAGACGGGAGAAAGCUAUAGCAGAGCGCAACCGCUUACUCGCCGAACCAGACACUGGGGGAGAAUUCGUUCGAAUCAAAAAUGCACUACGAUACCUUGAUGAAAAGGUUGCAAGUCUAAGAAAUUAA